AUGGCGAACCCUGACAUCAUCUCACAGCACCUCCCAACCAAGACCGGGCGCCGGAGGGUCAAGACGGGGUGCCAGACUUGCAAGUAUCGGCGAGUCAAAUGUGACGAGGGACGACCGGCGUGCCAACGAUGCCUCUCAACCGGCCGCGUCUGCGACGGCUACGGCAUCUGGGGCGGCGGCAACAAAGCCGACGGUAGCUCCAGCAAAGUCUCAUUUGCUUCUUCUUCUUCUUCGUCUUCUUCUUCUUCCCCUCCACUCCGUGGCAAGCCGACGCAGACCCUGCAGACGGGUGUCGUCAUGUCGCAGAGGCGCUGCAUCGCCGGCCAGCCCGCAAGCCUCGGGUUUGAGUACUUUCGGAGAUAUACCACCACUAAGCUUCCCGGCCUCUUUGAAUCCGGCUUCUGGGACUCGUUGGUGCUGCAGGCGAGUGAGCAGGAGCCGGCUGUCUUGCAUGCUGUCACGGCGUUGGGGGCCGCACAUAAGAAUGAGGAGCGCAUUUCGUUGACUGAGUACAACGAGGCGAUUCGACAUUUACGACAGAGCUUGAAGCGUUCUGAUAAGGAGGCGUUGCGGGUGUGCCUCAUUACUUGCAUGCUAUUUGUCUGCAUUGAGCUGCUUAGGGGGGGAUUCAAAGCAGGGCAUGCGCAUCUCAGCAGCGGUCUCCGCAUCCUCCGCGAGAUCCAGAGGCGUGAUGGCAUUAUUGCCUCUGACGGCGACAUUAUCCUACGAUCACACGCAGCAUCGGUCGAGGAUACCCUGGUCGAAGUAUUCUCGCGGCUCAACGUGCAGAUUGCGCUGUUUGGCCACGUCUCUUCGUAUCUGCUGUUUGUGGGCGAAAAUUCGGACAUGUCAAAGACAUACGACAUACCUUUAUCAUUUUCGUCCCUUCGAGAAGCGCGUAAACAUUUGGAUACUCUCAUCAACGGUUCGCACGUCCUUGGAGAGCAAGCCAGUCGUCUAGUUCUAGAACAGAAGCCCAUCCCGGAGCUGCUAUACGAGAACCAGGGGCGUCUCGAGGCGGCGCUGAUGCACUGGCUUCGUGCGCUGGACGCGAGCCGCGAGGCAUUACUCACCGAAGCCGACAUUCGCAGCAAGUUUGCCACGCCGAUGUUGCUUCUCUACCACACCAUGACGAGGAUCAUGGCAGCUACCGCUUUGCGCGGGACGGACGAGAUGAUAUAUGACCAGUAUCUGCCGGACUUUUCGCUGCUGAUCAAGCAGUCUUGCAAUCUAUGGGACAUGAUGCGCACAGCAAUCAGGAAUAUGUACGGGGUACGAGGCUAUACCAAGCCGGACAUCAACUUCACCAUCGACAUGGGCUUCAUACCGCCGCUCUACUAUGCACUGGCAAAGUGCCGUCAGCCGAAUCUCCGGAGGAUGGUUCUCGAUCUCUUGAGAGAUGUCCCGCAUCGUGAAGGCGCCUGGGACGGCUUCACAGUCAUCAACAUGGGCUACGCUCUCAUUGAAAUCGAAGAA